AACAGUUCGCACUUCCCUGAGCGUUCGCUGCCGCGCCUCCGCCUCUCUCUUAGUCGUCCCUUCUAACGCUCCUCGUCUACACUGACACUGGACUCCCAUGAUAGUUUGCCCGCCCAUAGACACACUCACACUACGACAAAAUUUAUGAAAAAAUAAUUGUCACUUUAAUUAUUACUGCAUAAAACGAUUCUUAAUAAAAUCUUAAGUAGUGCCCAUCACCCACGGUACAUCUCAACGGGCGCUCAUAAGUAAAUCUUUGAAUAUAUCGUGAACAAUUGUCUGGUGAGUGAUGGUGGAAACACUCGCCGCCUGCUUGAUAUAAUCGUUCCAGUGUCUACCUUUCGCUCAUCAGAAAAACCAAGGCAAACUCUUGCGGGAGGGCGAAGUGCUGCACGCGGCCACCUUCAUUCUACUGUUGUAACGCCGAGUAAAAAAAAACCUUGUGGCUGAAGUGUUGUGCUUUGACAAUAUUUAGGAAAGGUUGUAACGAGCGAGUGGUCUCCUGUGUAGCAGCACACCGCGAGGACGACACACGGCACACCAUGACCAGGGUGGUGACAGCGCUGGUGGUGGUGAUAGUGGCGGGCGUGGCGUGCCGGGGCGUGGGCGCCUUUUCUCUGGGGCGGCUCUUCCCCGCUUCGAGACGUGGCGUGCGCGGCACACUUCUCUCCAGCAUCGCCAACAGCAAGGUCCCGUCUGGCUCAAUGAAGGACGCGAUGAAGCAGGCGAUAAUUAAAAGCCAGAGCAAGCAGGAGGCGAUAAAGCAAAACGAUAGUUUCAGGCAGGAAGCAGUGAAGCAACAGGAGGCAGUGAGGCAGCAGCUCCAGCAGCAGCAGGAGUUAGUGAGGCAGCAGCUGAAAGAGCAGCAAGAAGCAGUGAGGCAACAGGUGAAGCAGCAGGAGGCAGAGAGGCAGCAGUUGAAGCAGCAGCAGGAGACAGUGAGACAGCAGGUGAAGCAGCAGCAGGAGUCAGUGAGGCAGCAGGUGAAGCAGCCGCAGGAAGCAGUGAGGCAGCAGGUGAAGCAGCAGGAAGCGUUUAAGGAGAGCAAGGACACAACCACUACCACGGUGAAGCCACGCGUCCCGCUCCCCGUCACCGACUCGCCCAUCUACUACAUCCGCCUGCCGCCGAGCCCUUACGUGUACAUGCCUGGCCUCGGGUACGUGUCACCCAACCGGAACCACUUCACCUUCCUGCGGCCAGACGUUAACUUCGUCAACAACGGCAAGCCUACUAAUGUAUUCCACUUCAAGGCACCCGUCACCACCCCAUACUUCCAUACCACCACUCCAUCUACCACCACCACUACCACCACCACCACCACGACUACCACGACGCCACGCCCCACCACUGCCAAGCCUCAGAAGCCGCCCACGACCAAGAAGCCGAGUCCCAUCACGUGGCUGACGGGCCCCUGGUUCUUCAACGGCCGCCCCUCCAACCUGUUCAUCUACCGCUCCCCGUACAACCCCGGCCACCUGGACAAGCUGCACAAGACAUACAGCAAGCCCGGCGUCUAUGUUAAGUAAAGGCAGCGCGUCACCCUCACCACUGUCUCACCUACCACAUAAAUUACUCAAGAGCGGGACUUCAUUUGACAGUACUAAAUAUCAUCGUUACUAAGCGGAGUUAUGUUGUCUUCAAACGUGGAUAUAAGUGGUUUAGGUUAAUAUGGAUGCAGGAUUGUUUUUUUUUUAUUAUUUAGUUUUCAUUUCCAAGACAUACAAUACAAAGUUUAAUGACAUGUUUAUCCUCAAAGAAUUUAUUAGACGCCAUUGCUUUUCAUGGCAUUCUCCGUCUGGUCGAUUUAUUGUUCGUAUAAAAAUCCCAGAAAACCUAAAAUGUAGCCACCUUAAAUCUCAGUCCGCUUGUGUGUCCCUAACAUGUUAAGAAGAUGCCAAGCCACCGCGUUGUCCCUUGUUAUUCCCCGCCAGGAUAUUCCGCUGCUCGUCAACACAAGGUCAGAUUCGGCGAGGAGAGUGAGUCAUGUUGCCAAUACCUGAACGCUGGAACAGAUCAACCGUGUAGUACUAGAUUACCAGAAUUUUUUUUUUUCUAUGCGCUGCAUAUAACACAGUUAUAUGCGCGACGAUGGGCCAUAUUUUGUUCCUGAGUGUUCUUGUAGGAUGGUGUGUGUCAGCGUGUCCCAGGAGUCCGCGACUGUGAUCUGCUGAGUGUACUGCUGGCCGUGUGUGUGUGUGUGUGUGUGUGUGUGUGUGUGUGUGUGUGUGUGUGUGUGUGUGUGUGUGUGUGUGUGUGUGUGUGUGUUCAACACUACAGAGGCUUCCUGAGGUACUUCCGUCUGUGUCACGAUGAGCCGCUUAUUUGAGGUCCUGAUAAGGAGCCUCCGCCGCCUUGCACUGCCAGAGGCGGUGUGUUUUGGGGACGCGUCUGUCCACGCCUCGCUGCUGACCACUUGCUGCCCUCAGCUGUCACUCUUCUCUUCGUGGAUUCUAAUGCAAUGCCAAGUUGAGCUAAGUUGUAAUACGCCACAGGUCGUUAGGGUGGCGUGGCGACGCGGCAAGCAGAUAAGAUAGUGCUAUGCUUGUUUCCUUUCCUCGAGUGUGUGUGUGUGUGUGUGUGUGUGUGUGUGUGUGUGUGUGUGUGUGUGUGUGUGUGUGUGUGUGUGUGUGUGUGUGUGUGUGUGUUUGUUUGUUUGUUUGUUUGUUUGUUUGUGUGUGUGUGUGUGUACGCCUGGGUUACGUACAUUUUACGAUUUUUGUUGAUAAUAUUAUCAGAGAAUGUAAUAUGUUGAGAGUUUUAUAAAACGUGUUAGUACUUUAUAUAUUUGUAAAUAUUUGUUACUUGUUUUCCCACAUUUUAGUAUGCAAAGCUUUUGGCUUCCAUGUGUUUUACAGUUUCCUGUUCACCCGCUUCUCGCCGGGAUGCGCUGUGUGACCUAAUAAACAGUCUGUCCAUCA